UGUGCUAGUUAGCAGCUAACUUUAGCUUUUUUUGCUUCCAAUACAAUUUAACUUUUUUUAUUAGUAACUAUUAUUAUCAAAUUCCUUGUGUGUUUUGGACAUACUUGGCAAAUAAAGAUGAUUCUGAAUAUAAUACCAAACACCUAACGCAUCCUAAGUAAGCCCUAGAAAAACAAAUCGACAUGCGGAUAUUAGCAGCUAAUUGCUAAUUUUCAAUGUUUGGCCUUGUGAUAUUUAGAAGCUAACUUUAGCUUGCUUGCUUACAGUACAAGUUGUCUUUUUUUUAACAAAGUAAAAUUUAAAAAAAAAUGUAGUUUUCACACUUAGCGUCAGCUUGCUUCCAACAAAACGAUUUUUUUAAAUGAGUAACUACAGUGAACCGUUGCAUGUUUGCGGUUUGGCAUUUGCUGUUUUAUUAAUUAUAUUUGGGGAGCCCUAUCCUCUGUUCACAGAAAAAAAAAAUCCACUCCGCCGUUUUUGCGCGCAUGCCAAAGCAUGAUACUUUGGCGCCAUCUAGUGGAGUCUUGGUUUCAAGUAAGUAUAUUGAAAUGAACUGAGACACACGCAUAGAGCCAUAUUCUCCCAUUCGUGCGCGUCUUUUACGCAAUAUUAAAUAAAUAUACAAUAUAGUAACUUUUAGGUGCUACUUGCCCUUUAAAAAGGGACAGCUGACUUUUUUUUUGAGCAUGAUGUGCACCCUGCUGGGCAUCCCCACGGGGAGCCAGCGAGUGACGUCACUGCUCCACACUGUCGCUUUUUAUUUCUCGGAGCAGCGCGGCGGAGGAGGACGAGGAAGAAGAGGAGGCGCAGCAGGAGGAUUGUGUCGCUGAAUGAACGUUUUGCAUGUGCAAACAUCACCGUGGAGGUGAAGUGCUGCUGAGUCGGCAGCCGCAUUUCUGCAGGAGGAGGAGGUGCAACGAUGAAGAUGCACAAGAAAGUCGCGCGAGGAAAUGGUCAAAAUGGCAGCGGAGUGACGUGUUAAAUGCUUCUCGGCGCUUGCAGAGGAACGCCAAGCCGAGAUCACCCCCCUUCCUCUCCCGGGGUCACGAGGAAAAGCCACCGCGAUAAUGUCUACUUAAGAUGCAUUCCAGCAAAUAGACGGCACCCGAGCCCCCUCCACUCCUCCGCCCCACACAUUGAUGGAAUGCGACCCGAGUGACUUCCCGACCCACUCAUCGCCCACCGUGACAUGGCCGAGGCCAGCGAGCCGAACGUGGAGAUCGACCCCGACUUCGAGCCCCAGAAGCGGCCGCGCUCUUGCACUUGGCCGCUGCCCCGUCCGGAGCUCGGCGCUGCGGGUAAACCCGGGGCGAACGACGCUGAUGUCAUCCCCGAAGAAGAUGAUGACGACGAGGAGGGAGGAGGGGGAAGUGCACCCCGGGAGACCACCGGGGCUCUCACGCCGAGCUCACUCACUCCCUCCGGCCUCCACCUCGCUUCGCAGCCCCGCAGCGAGGAGGCCGCGGACGGCUCGCCGUCCUCGGCUCAACUGGCGACGGCAGCGGCCGCCCCAGCAUCGCAACAGCUGCGGAAGUCGUCGGCCCGCCGGAACGCCUGGGGCAACUACUCGUACGCGGACCUCAUCACGCAGGCCAUCGAGUCGUCGCCCGAGAAGAGGCUCACCUUGUCGCAGAUCUACGAUUGGAUGGUCCGCUCCGUGCCCUACUUCAAGGACAAGGGAGACAGCAACAGCUCGGCCGGAUGGAAGAAUUCCAUCCGGCACAAUCUGUCCCUCCAUAGCCGCUUCGUGAAGGUCCAGAACGAAGGGACGGGGAAGAGCUCGUGGUGGAUGGUCAACCCGGACGGCGGCAAAGGCGGCAAGGCGCCGCGUCGGCGCGCCGUCUCUAUGGACAACAGCAAGUACAUCAAAGGCGCUCGAGGCCGCGCCACCAAGAAGAAAGCCUCGCUGCAGGCCGCCCAGGAAGGCAGCUCUGAGAGCUCGUCCAGCCUUUCCAAGUGGACGGGCAGCCCCACGUCGCGCAGCAGCGACGAGCUGGACGCCUGGACCGACUUUCGCUCGCGCACCAACUCCAACGCGAGCACGCUGAGCGGCCGCCUGUCACCCAUCCUGGCCAACCUGGAACUGGACGAGGUGCCCGUGGACGACUCGCCGCUGUCCCCCAUGCUGUACUCCAGCCCGAGCAGCGUGUCGCCGUCCGCGGGGCCCGCCGGCCUCUCUGACCUGGCGGGCACCAUGAACCUCAACGACGGGUUGUCUGACAACCUGAUGGACGACCUACUAAACAACAUCGGCAUGACGACGUCCCAGCAGCCUCCUCCCGCCGAGGACGACGACGGCGACAAAGGCCAGGGGGGCGCCGUCUUCACCUUCGGCAGUCCUGUCGGCAGCUACGUCCCCAAUCCGCUUUUCAGCCCGCCGUCCAUCACCAGCCUGCGCCAGUCGCCCAUGCAGACCAUCCAGGAGAACAAGCAGACCACCUUCUCCUGCGCGGCACACCUGACCCUGCAGGAUCUCCUCAGCCUGGACUCGGGCAACGUCCUGCUCACCCAGUCUGACCCGCUCAUGUCGCAGGCCAGCACCGCCGUGGCCCUGCAGAACUCCCGCCGCAACACACUGCUUCUGCGCAAAGACCACGUUUCCUCCGCCAACCACGCCACCGUUCAGGCACAAAAUCCGUCUGUUCACGGUGGAAAUGGCCUCAAGUCUCCCGGCAAGAGAUCCCCAGCCUUGCCCGGCCAGGACCGCUUCCCCGCCGCCGACCUGGACCUGGAGGUGUUCAAUGGCGCCCUGGAGUGUGACAUGGACUCAAUCAUCCGCAACGAGCUGAUGGAGGCCGACUGCCUGGACCUCAGCUUUGACGCCGCCCACAACGCCAACGUCACCCCGGGGGGCUUCAAACAGACGUCGGCGCAGAGCUGGGUCCAGAGCUGAGGGGCUCUGAAUGCGUCGGGAACGAGACUCCACUAGCGGGAAAAGAAAGCGUGUUCAAGUGUAUUGGUCGUAUUAUUUUCCCAUCCUAUUUAAUUUGAGGUGUGACAAUAAAGAAACAAGACUAGCUGGCCACACAUCUCAAUGCGUUAAGCAGCAACAGAUGUGUGAAUGUGCACUGCAGAUCAAAUCGACCAGCUAAUUUGCCUGCUUCAGAGUUAAGUCUGACCUGACUCCUGUGUAAUUUGAGGUGUGACAAAGAAACCAGACUAUGACUCUUAUUUUACGACAACUGACCCCUAUAACGUUAAUCGCUUCAGUUUUCUUUCGUAUGGUACAGUGCCCCUUUCACACUGGCCACUGAAGCCGGAUUUUCCGGUGUGUGAAAGGAUGAAGGGGAGCGGCGUUGGAAGCGCCGAGGGUUGCAGUCAACCAGAGGUAGUAUCGGAGACAUAACAGAGGCUAGAGUGUGAAAUGUAACACCUGAGACUCACAGUCCAUGCCCCUUAUGUGUUGAAAGUAAUUGUCUGAUCUGAUCUGAAUCGGAAUCCAGCAGUUGUACACUAAGGACAUAGCGAGUUCUGUUUGAAACUCUGCCAAUAAGGCCGCUGAUGCGCCAAUUUACCAGGAAUAAAUUGUGAAAGGCUCACUGUGUUGGAAGCAGUUGUCACUGUCCCAGUCGCUAGCCAUUUACCAAAUGAUCUGCCUUGGAGAAGCCGCAACAGUUUCCAGCUUUCUGGUGGUAUUGUAGGAAAACCACGACCCAAGACUCACUGCCAAGGAAGGCAGUGUGAAAGGGGCUACAGGUUAUUCAAGCUGGAUUUUUCCAGCUCAUUUUCCUGUGUGUUAAGGUACCGAUGAAGGAGGAGUUGAAGUCCAAUCCAAGUAAAUUUUGCUCUUCAGCGAGUUCUGUCUGCAAGGCUCUACCAUUUACGCUACUGGGGUGCUGGUUUACUGUAUAUAAGCCAGUUUUUCUCGCUGCUUUUUCCAGACUCGCUGCCCUGUAAGUAAGGUACCGACGUGGGAUGAAGGGGGUUGAAGUUGACCCGAGUAUUAGCCUGCUUCCAAGGCAAUAUUGGAAGCGAAACGGCAACCGCCAAUGCCGCUAACGCAGCAGUUCGCCAGGAACGCUUCAACCAACCUGGAAUUAAGCCAAUACGAUAGCAGAACACCAAUCGGUGCAGCGUUGUCAGCGUCGCUGCAGCAGUCUUGUUUCUUUACUGUCACAGUCUUGUUUCUUUACGGUAUUGUUCUCUGAAGUCUUUACACACACACACACACAAAACAUCAAAUGAACCUGAGCGAUUUGUACAACAGUAUCAUACUGGAACAGGAACAAAAAAGUUGCAUUUGUCUCAGGGAAGAUUAUUACGUUUUCUCGCGUCGACAUUUUUGCCAAACCAGGACCGAGACCCCGUUUACACAGAAAAAAAACAAAACUAAAAGGAGGAUACUUGACAUCUUUUUAUUUAUUUUUUUUCUCUUUGAUGAGAGAAAAGUUGAUGCACCCCAAAUAUCAACAUGUACAGCUAAUACGUGAAACGAGCGGUCACAUUGUGUGCUUUAUUUCUACGUGUUUUUUGGGGGGUUUGUGUGUGAUUAUUGGCAACAUCAUUGUGAAGUUGGAAGGUACGUCGCUCGACACUAUGGUGUCUGCCCCGUGGACCGCAGCCGUAACCAUCGUCCACUUCAGCGGAAUAUUGUUCGAAGCGCUCGCCGAUGUGCGACGUUUAGCGUUAGUAACGCGGUUAGCGCAUUGUAGACUGCAUUUACUGAUUUCUGUCGCCCCGCCCCCUUGUCCCCACCUUGCCGCCGCAAUCAAUCAAGUGCCCAUAGAGAUCCCAUUACAUUAUCACUGGUGAAUGCAGCAUUUCAUCACCCAGCCACCGAAUUACAGUCGUCAAUUAACGUAGCGGUGUGGUGCAUAACGUGGCCAAACACAAAUACCCCCUCAGUCACCCUUUCGUCCACAACUUUACCAAACAACAUAAACAUUACAGCAUUAUCAGAAGCUAAUGCUGCUAACACUGUUAGGUAAUGCUCAUCUGUGCUAACACUGCAGCUCUGCUUACCUUUGUCUUAGACACGACGGCGUUCGGCCAAAGUGGUCCACUGGAACUUUGGCCGGACGAUCCCAUUCUUUAAGGAAAUCUAUGUGGGGUUGGUAACUGCUCAUUUCUGCCCCAUUGUAAUGUCUCAGUGGGGCAGGAAUGCACAUUUUCAAAAAUAGAUAACUAAAGAUGGACUUUUUACAAACAUUAACAAAUAAAAUAAACUAUGCCCCCUUUUAAGGUACGUAAAAAAUGACUCUCCAUACGAUUAAGAUGCAAUACGAUGCGAGUUCUUCGUUUACACACAAAAAGGAUGCAAUAAUUUAGUCAAAUGUUUGUCAUGAUGCUAUACCAAUCACUCCAAGUAAGAUGCGAUUUGACGUACCAGGGUUUUUCCGAGACCGUUUUGUUUGGAUGCAAAAUGUGGUCGUUGAUCUGAGAUUAAACAAUUUUAAGUGACUGCCGCAUUGAUCGCUAGUGGUUAAUCUACAACAAUUAUCAUGACAGCGCGUAUGGAUUAUUUUGGAUUUCCAUAAUGAAGCCACACUAUAAUGUCUAGGAACUACAGCAACAGCUCAGAGGUACAGUGCUUAACAAACAUUUUUUGACCAUUUUGAACAGAGAGGAUUUUAUUGCUUGUAAUAUCGUUUUUGCCACUUAUUCCCCAUGUUCAGUGCAGACCUCAUCCUCGGACUUUUUUUCAUGCUGAUUGACGGAUUUAUUCUCAUAAUAUUCAGACUUUUUCUUUUGGUAUUGCACCUUUAUUCCCAUCACAUCAUUAAGACAUACUAUUCUCGUAAAAGUUUUAUUCCCCCCCCCAAUGUUAAAUUCUGAUCUUUUUCAUAUUGUGACUUUUUUUUCUUGUAAGAUUGCACCUUGACUGCCAUAAUAUUACAACUAUAUUUUCGGGAAAUUAUGACUUACAACUUUUGGGUAAUAUCACACUUUUAUUCCACGAUCGUGAUUCUUUCAAAAUUAAUUUUACUUUAUUCUCGCAAUUAUGAUUUUUUCCCCCUCAUUAUAUCACACCUUUAUUCCACUAAUAUGGUGAAUUUUUCCACUUAAUGCACAAAUGUAUUCAGAGAAAAUUGGGACUUUUUCACAUUAUUUCAUAACGGAAAUUGCAACAAAAUAAAUUUACACCCCCCCCCCCCAUGUAAUAUGGCAGCUUUCUUCUAUCACAUUGGCUUUAUUAUUGUAAUAUUUCAACUUUUCUCCCUCAGAAAAAAUUUCAACUUUUUCACGCAACUUUAACAAUUUUUACUUUUUCCACGUUAUUUGACAACUUUAUUCGCAGCACUUUGUUCUUAUAAAUACGGCAACGUUUUCAUGUAAAUUCAUGUCAUAAUAUUUAACCUUUAUACCAGUUACUUUACGACUUUCAUGUUCACUUAAGACCAGUCUCAUAAAAGUUGGACUUUAUCAAAUGUCAUGUUUUUUUUUUUUAAUAUACGAUAUUGCGCCUUUAUUCCCAUCAAUUUACGAUUUUAUCUUUGUAAAAUGAAGACUUUUUUUCCACAUGGAUUUACAGUUUUAUUCUUGUAAUAUUAUAACAGCGUUGUCACGUAAACUUUGUAUGACUUUUCUUGGAAUAUUGAACUUUACAUUGGGUACUGGUCUAAUAUGUCUGUUAAGCGCUGUACGUCGAUCAAUAACUCAGACAUGGGUUUGGGUCAACUUCCUUUUGAACAGAUGUACAAUCCAGACCAAACUAAACAAUAUGAGACAUUUACUAUUAUUUGUUUAAUCCUGCGAUGCUGCUUCUCAUUUUGUCACUCGUGGAGAAAAUCGCCAAAACAAUGCGAUGAAUAGUUGCAGUGUAAUCGCAGCCUACAGAGGACAGUUUGCAAUAUUUCCACUGUCGUUUUGGUGACUCUCGGUGCUAUAAAUAAGAAAAUAGAAGGGUGCGGUGUUAGCGAGCCACCUCCCACACUUUUGAUCAACACUAUAGCAGGUGCUGCCACCGUGUGACGGGAGCCAGUAUCUUCAGAGCCAUUCAUUCAUUUGAAGACCACAGUAUUUGAAAAUAUUGCCAAAUGUUUCUGCGCACACACAGCUAGAAAUAGUGUACAUAUAGUAGGAAGCAGAGCAAUUUCUUUUUUCAAAGAUGAGUUUUUUUUGGAACACCAGGAUGCAUUUUUAAAAUGUUUUAUUUUGUGUUGAUUUGUAGGUUAAAAUCACCCCGUUCGUUCAAGCGCACCCAUUACAGUGUCCACCAUUCAUGUGACGCCUUCUGUUUUUUUUAACCCUUUUCAAGUUUAGCGCCAUUUCUAAUGACAAUAUUUUGAGUGUAAAUAAUUUUUGUGCACUGCCAUCCACCUGCUUCUCUUGCUGAUACAAGAACAAAAAGGUGGCGUUUGCCAGCUUCUCGAGAAAUGGUGAAUGUAAAUAAAGCUUUGAGAGCCACUCUAGCAAAUGUC